AUGCCUCCUCAUAGAGCUACUGCUAUAAAUGCGAAUGCCAGGAAUGCAAACGCAACUCCUCCAAUCCCAGAUCAAGAAGUCUCCAAUGUUGAGUUCAGGAAAACCAUAGAGAUGUUGGCUGAAAGUAUGACCAACCAGAACAAUCGGGUUCAUGAUCCUAUGAAUGAAAAUAGUGGAUCAGCAGCAGCAAGGAUCCGUAACUUUGUUAGGAUGAAUCCUCUUGAGUUCUUUGGAUCGCAGACUAAUAAUCAAAAUCCUCAGAAUUUUUUUGAUGAAAUCAAGAAGAUCUUUGAGGUGAUGCAGGUUACUGGGAAUUAUCGGGUUGAGUUGGUGUCAUACCAACUGAAAGAUGUGGCUCAUAUCUGGUAUGCUCUUCACAUGGUUGCUGACUCAAGGGCUCAUAUGAAUAAGUUCUUGCAUGGAGUAUCACCUUUGGAAAAAAAAAGAUGUCUUGGAUGUGGUCGGUCUGGUCACAUGUUGAGGUACUAUGCUUCUAGACAGGGUCAAGGAAGUGGCAAUGGUAGAGCUCAGUCUACAAAUUCAGCAGCACCAGCAAGUCGCCAAACUCAGCAGGGUAACUCAUCUGGUACAGGUGGCGAUCAGCGCCAGAACAGACUUUAUGCUCUUCAGGCUCUCCAGGAUCAAGAAAGUUCUCCUAAUGUAGUCACUGGUACAUUACAAGUCUUUGACCUUGAUGUUUAUGCAUUGCUAUAUCCAGGGGCUACGCUUUAUUUUGUAACUCCUUAUAUAGCAGUCCAAUUCCAUGCUAAGGAUUCUCGCCUUGAAACCCUAUCUUUUGAGUCUGUUGCAGUAGUCUACGAAUUUGAAGAAGUAUUUCAAAAAGAUCUUCCCGAGAAUGGCUCCAUCAGAGCUUAA